AAAAAAUUAAGUUGGAAAUCCAUGGAGGGGAAGAGACUGUGAAAGUUAGUUCGCCAAAAUUAGAACACGACCAAGAAUUAGAAACUUUCAUAAAGGAAGAAGCAAUUCACUAUAAAGGGGGGUAUAUGGCACAUAAGCACAAUGGAAAGUUAAGUCAUUGCUCCGAAUGUAAAAAUCAAUCAGUAAGUCAGAAGGAGUUUGAUAAAAUGGUAGAAAUCUUGUUAAAUACUCCACCUAGAAAAAGGAAUGGAAAAAGAAAGUAG